CACCCAGACCACCAAGACCACCAACACCCCCAAGACCACCAAAACCACCAAGACCACCAAAACCACCUAGACCACCAAAACCACCCAGACCGCCAAAUAUUUAA